AUGGGCCCCUGUACCGCCUCCUCAUGCUGCUGCCAGGCCCGUAAUCUGCCAUGGGCCCCCGUACCGACUCCUCAUGCUGCUGCCAGGCCCGUAAUCUGUCAUGGGCCCCUGUACCGCCUCCUCAUGCUGCUGCCAGGUCCAGAGUGUGUCAUGGGUCCCUGUACGGCCUCCCAUUGCUGCUGUCUCCAUCGCCACACUCUGCCAUGUGCCACUUUCAGGUCUCCUCACACUGCUGGUGGGUUCCAUUUUGUCAUAGGGUGCUGGCAGAUUACGGGCCUCCCAUUGCUGCUGCCAGGCCCGUAAUCUGCCAUGGGCCCCCGUACCGACUCCUCAUGCUGCUUGCCAGGCCCGUAAUCUGUCAUGGGCCCUGUACCCGCCUCCUCAUGCUGCUGCCA